UCAGAGCUAGGGAGUGACAAAGGAUGUCAUCAGAUAGGAAGUCUCGCUCUGGCAGCUGGCAGCUAGAAUACCACCUUGUUCUCACUUGACCAUGCAGACUUUUCUGAGCGACAGUCUUUAGAAAUGGAUUCUAAUGGAAUUGUGGAGAGCAGGAUGAAUGGGAAUGAAUUGACAAUAUGUGGGAGCUGUUUGAGAUGUAUUCGCAGGUUGAUUCCUGUUGAAUUCAAAAAAGAAAUUAUUGAAUUAUCAACAAUGGCUGGGCCUGUGGUUAUGGCUCAGCUCAUGGUCUUUUUAGUUAGUUUCGUCAGUACAAUUUUCUGUGGCCAUUUGGGGAAGACAGAACUGGCAGGGGUCACUCUCGCCAUAGCUGUGAUUAAUGUUACAGGUGUCUCCAUUGGGUAUGGUUUAUCAUCAGCUUGUGACACACUCAUAUCUCAGACUUUUGGGAGCCGUAACCUCUUGAAAGUUGGGGUCAUUGUACAGAGAGCCAUCCUCAUUCAACUUCUGGCCUGUUUCCCAUGCUGGGCUGUUCUCAUCAACACAGAACCAAUCCUCCUGGCUGUCAAACAGAGCCCAGAGGUCGCCAGGCUGUCUCAGGUGUAUGUGAAGAUUUUUAUGCCAGCACUCCCAGCCACAUUUAUUUAUCAGCUGGAGGCCAGAUAUCUACAGAAUCAGGGACGAGCCUUGUGUUCCCCUGUAGGUUGGUCUUGGGAGUGCUUGGAAGACUGGGGCACCUACAUCCACCUGGCUAUUCCUAGCAUGAUCAUGCUGUGUGUGGAGUGGUGGACUUAUGAGAUUGGAGGCUUUCUAGCAGGUCUGAUAAGUGAGGUGGAGCUUGGAGCACAAUCAGUCGUCUUCGAACUGGCAAGCAUUUGCUACAUGUUCCCUCUAGGGUUCAGUGUGGCAGGCAGUGUGAGGGUGGGCAGUGCUCUGGGGGCUGGAGAUACAGAGCAGGCCAAGCUGUCUGCCAAGCUGGCCAUGUUCUGUGCUGGGUCCGUUUCUGUGUGCUUGUCGGUUCUUGUUGGGAUACUAAAGGACAAAAUCUCCUACGUCUUUACAUAUGAUGAGCAGAUCAGAGAGAGGGUUGCUCAAGUUAUGGCUUUCUACGCCCCUUUUCUUCUGUUAUAUGCAAUAUCGGCUGCCUCAGGUAGUAUUAUAAGGGGGGCAGGGAAGCAGAAGGUUGGGGCGAUAUGCAACAUCCUGGGUUACUAUGGGGUUGGCUUUCCUAUUGGAGUGUCCCUGAUGUUUGCUGCCAAGCUAGGAAUCAUGGGCCUGUGGACCGGUCUGUUUACCUGUGUGUUCCUACAGUCCUCCUUCCUCAUCGUCUAUCUAUCCAGAAUGAACUGGAAGAAAGCCACUGUAGAGGCCCAGAUCAGAGCUGGGAUACAGGGGAACUCUACAGACAUGGACAUGGCCCCAGAGGCCCAUUCAAAUGAUUCAGCUCCAUGUGAGGGCCACAAAGACAGAAAUGCCCUGGCUGAAGAUGGGGCUGAGGCUGAUGGUGAGGCUGGGGACAGGGUGGCCCUCAACAAGGUGGGGGCACUGCUGGCCCACAGGGCCCUGAUAAUGCGGAGGGCCCUGGCUCUGUGUGUCAUGCUCUUCAUCCUAGCCCUGGGAAUCAUCAUCAACCUACUGCUCACCAACCUCACUUGAUGAACACAGAGUGAGUUCCAGAGAAAAUGUUCCAGUCUUAAAAUGAAUGGGUUCCAGAGAUAGCUCCACUCAGUGAGAGUGGUCAGAGGACCACCUAAGCAACGAAGCAGAGAAGAUAGGAGUGAAGAGGAGCUGGCCAAACUACAGUAUGGUGCCAAAAUUCCAGUACUGUUGGUCUGUGAGGAGCCAAGGGGUUACUAAUUCUGGACCUUUUCAUUAAUCAUCUGAAUGAA